UGAAUACAAUUAUUUGGGAGUAUUGAGACGUCAAAACAUCCCCAGGGGCGCUUCACUGGGCGUGCUCAAGUAAAACAAGUCUAGCAAAAGAGGAGAAAGUGCAAAAAUAACUGGAGUUGCUCUCUGCAUCGAGAAACCAUGGACAUGGGAUGCGUCAUUGUGCUACUGGCACUGUUCACCUUUAGUGAUGCUGCAAGUCAAACUGUCAACCAGGAACUUUCCGAUAUUUUCAAUGAGCUUUGGAAACUGGAUGUGAAUCGAAUGGAAGCAGGGUCCGACUACAACAUCUCACUACAGGGCAAAGCCGGUUAUAUAGCCCAGGGGAGUCGAAGUGCUGUAGAUCAUGCUUCAUCCCCGCUGUUUUCUCUUGUUGAUGAGACUAAACUGAGCUCCAUCACAACUUAUGCACGCUUCAUGAAGCUCCUGGAUAACUAUGAGAGGUCCACUGGUGUGGCUGAGAAGGUGACCGCUGAUGAAGUGACAGAAAAUAAUUCUUUUCUGGAUGCUAUCUUAGAGACCGAAGUCAUGAAGCGUGCGCACCGGUAUCUUAUUAAUAAAGGGAAAUCCCGCUCAAGUCUGAGGCAGUUUAAGAGUCAGUUGUACUACAUGUGGUUCCGUCUCUACCACAGAGACAGGAAUGGAGGGGAGGACUCCAGUGGAUUUGAGCAUGUGUUUGUUGGAGAAACCAAGUUCGGCCGCGAAAUCGUGGGUCUCCACAACUGGGUCCAGUUUUACAUGCAGGAGAAGCAAGACCUCCUUGAUUACAAGGGUUACAAAUCCACCCAUCUGCCUGAUGAGGAUGAUCAUGUCUUGAAUGUGCAGUUCAGCUGGCAUGGUCUGAUCAAGCCAGUGGCCAGUGCUUUUGUUGGCGUGAGCCCUGAGUUUGAGAUGGCCAUCUUUUCCAUCCUGUUCCUCUCAUCCACUGAGAAGACAACCACAGCUGUGGUUAAUCUGGACGAGUAUCAGCUGGAGAUGGUGGUGCAUAGACACGGUCGCUCUAUUGGGACCGCCUAUCCAAAACUGCUGAGCAGCAACAACAGACACAUGUAGAUUCUGUACCCCUACAGGAAACAUUUCUCAGUAUACUGUUUUUUUAUUAGCUUUUAUAGGUGUAUUUUAGUCUUUAGACAAAUUGGGACAACGUUUUAAUGUUUUACUUUAUGCCAACUUGCUAAUAUUUUAAGAAAAUGCACUCAUUUAACACAACUGCUUUCAAAAUGUUUUACACGUAAGAUUUACAAAAGUAUCUAGUCAAAUCUGAAUUUUUGGGAAGAAUUGCAUUUCAUGUAUUGUCAUUUUUUACCUUUUUUAAUUCCUUCAUAUUUUGAGGAAGAUUUGUAUCCAGUUGCUGGCCAUAAAAUAUAAAACUUUUGCAUUAAAGGGAUUUUUUUAUCGA